AUGGUGGUGCUGUCGAGGCGCCGAUCGAGAGGCUGUGGAGUUGGAUGGUGGUGCUGUCGAGGCGCCGAUCGAGAGGCGGUGGAGUUGGAUGGUGGUGCUGUCGAGGCGCCGAUCGAGGAAGCAGAGGCGGCGGAGUUGGAUGGUGGUGCUGUCGAGGCGCCGAUCGAGGAAGCAGAGGCGGUGGAGUUGGAUGGUGGUGCUGUCGAGGCGCCGAUCGAGGAAGCAGAGGCGGCGGAGUUGGAUGGUGGUGCUGUCGAGGCGCCGAUCGAGGGAGCAGAGGCGGUGGAGUUGGAUGGUGGUGCUGUCGAGGCGCCGAUCGAGGUUUCCCCGGUCGGGCCGGAGGAAGCAGAGGCGGCGGAGUUGAAUGGUGGUGCUGUCGAGGCGCCGAUCGAGGAAGCAGAGGCGGUGGAGUUGGAUGGUAGUGCGGUCGAGGCGCCGAUCGAGGAAGCAGAGGCGGCGGAGUUGGAUGGUGGUGCUGUCGAGGCGCCGAUCGAGGAAGCAGAGGCGGCGGAGUUGGAUGGUGGUGCUGUCGAGGCGCCGAUCGAGGAAGCAGAGGCGGCGGACUUGGAUGGUGGUGCGGGCAAGUCGCCGAUCGAGGAAGCAGAGGCGGCGGAGUUGGACGGUGGCACGGGCGAGACACCGAUCGAGGAAGAAGAGGCGGCGGAGUUGGAUGGUGGUGCGGGCGAGUCGCCGAUCGAGGUUGCCGCUGCUGCCGCUGGCGAGGGAGACACUCCGAUCGUGGCGACUCAUGUACCCGACGACCCUGCGGCAAUGGGUGCAGAAACACUCGACGCACCAUCGAAGGUCCUCGAGGAGAGCCCCCUUACCCCCGCGCCGGGUUCGGUGGCAUCUCCCAAGGAGACCGGGGGAACAGAGGAAAAGAAGGCGGUACACCCACUCCCUAGGUUGUUCGGGUUGGGCAAGAAGAGUAGAUCGGAGGACCUCAACACUGUUCCCACCGCGGAUGCCGGAACCGACGUCGUGGAGCCCGACCCGACCGGUGCUUUGAGAACCGCAGGCGAGCAGUCGGAGACACCCUUGGCCACAAAAACGAGAGAGGGAACCGAAGAGACUUUCGUCCUCGUGGCGAUGGGAUCAGACGAAACUCCGACCGGCGCUGCUGUUGUUGAAGGAGCUGUCGACAUGAAUGCACCCGAACCUGGUGCUCUUGUCGGUGGCGGCCUUCCUAGUCUCGGGACAGAUGCACCUGGGGCUUUGGUAGAAGAGGACACUCAUGGACCGAAGGCGAGUGACGAGAGUGCCGUUGCACCGGCUGCUGGACUCGAAGGCACUAUCGAACAGCCCAUUGCAAUGGCCGAGGGAGACGUGCCGAUGCCCUCUGUCUCGCAUGACCAAGUGGAUAAAUCUAAGGAGUCAGCGGAUGUGGCUGGAACUGUGAGGCUUCUGGAGGAGACAGCAGUCGAUGCACAGGCGACAGGAAGUGCGGUGGCGGGCGAGGUGGGAAUGCCGUCGGCGGUGGCGGAAGGUCAGGGCGGGCCCAAAUCAAGCAAGAAGAAGAAGGGAGGUUUCUCUCUGCAGAAGCUGUUCGGUUGGGACAAGGGCAAGCCACGUUCCAGCGUCGAAAACGAAUCUCCUGCAGCGAGCGGCGAACAGCCAUCUGCCACCGCACCGCUGACCGUGGGCGACGUCGCCACGACUGACAAGGCCACGAUGAGCCCUGCCGUAGCGGUGGAUGGGCCAACUGCGCGUAAUCCGGAAGGGUCUGUCACGACUCCGGCGUUCGCUGCUUGCGAACGAGCUUCAGAUGCAGUCGACGCGGUGUCGGAGUCGAUCAAAGCAGCAGCCGACCAGAUCGCCCCGCAUGUAGCGAAGAAGGAAGAGGCCGAAAAGCCCUAUUCUGCCGAGGCUUGUGACAAGACAUUCGCAGGUGGAGCGCAGCUUGAGCCGCCUGUUCCACCUGUCGUGGACAGAUCGCCCACCCCAGCGACCACAGACGUCUACAAUCUCAAGGUACAGGUUGAGCCGGAGCACGGGUUCCCCGUGGUGGCCUUGGACAAGCCGGUAGCGGAGCUAUCGCCGCUCGCCCGCCACUUCCCGGAGUUCGCCCCGAAAGCUGGCAAGCCCGUCGUUGACGGUGACGAGAUAGAUGCGGCUACCUUGGCGACGAGCGCCCCCCCCCUGGCUGGCCCUGGUGUUAACAAGAAGGAACAACUCAAGGGAUUAGCUCCAGUAUCACUCGCGGAAGAGGCUGCAAAGUCUGAGGAGAUGUUUCUGGGCUCGGCUGCCGGAAAGCCGGCAACACCGGAUGAUGCUUUUAUAAUCACCGCGAGCCCGCCAACCUUGCCCGUGUCCUCCGUUGUUCACAAGCCACCGUCUUCGGGGGGCAAGGAGGUGUCCGGUGGCGACGUGUGCGGAAUCACGAAUGAAGGAAUAGCUGACACUACGGCAGCGUUCGGCGUGGUUGACAUGUCUGAAAUGAUGGCGAAAGAGGAGAUGGUGAACCCUUCUUCUCCGAAAGCGGAGGGAGCGACAGCGCUGCACGGUAGCCCUGCUGCCGAAGCGGCACCGGCCGCGACCGGCCGUGCUGCACGGCCAAGCCAAUCGCCUGGGUGGAAGGGAUACGCCGUAGCGGGUGAUGAUGAUGAUGCUGCUGCUCCCCCUCCAGAGGGGGCACCCCACACGCCGGGGACUACUGGAGCGGCAAGCGCGGCAGAGGCAAGCGCGGCAGAGACCAGCCUUUACGCCUGUUCUCCCCCGGAGAGCAAAGCCACGAUGAACGUGUGCUCUCCCAACAAACAGGAUUGCGUGAUCAGCUAGUUCUUUUCGACGCGUGCGUUAUUGUUGGUUUUCCCUGCGUAGAUGACUAUUUACAUACUUUGCUCAAUGGAGUGGCUCGCGCGUAAAAAGUCGUCCACAGCUGUACGUGCAUUCGUAUUUCCUUGGGGUGCCUGCUCACCCUCUCGUCCUGCCAUACUGGACGGGUCCCUGAUGAGGUAUUUCGUAGUUCGCUCUCGGGGUUGUUCCUUGCCUGACAGUACAGUAUCCUUUGAUUGGGGUAUAUAAUCGAACGGGAAAGUCUCUGUGAUGUAUAACUCGAGCGGUGGGCGGUAAUUAUUUGAAGAUGUGCCCGAACGGCAGAGGUAGCAGAGAAACCGAACUCGAUAUCUUUUGGUAUUUGCUGUACGGCAUACAUGAUGACAUGUAUAUAUUCAGCAACGCGCAGACAACGCGCAAGGUCGGCGGUGAAGGUGUCAGGUACGUAUCGCAUGGGUUGUGGCCGGCAGUGAGUAAUCUUGCUUGUUGAGAAUGUUUUCUGUGGUUUGGCGCUCGCUGAUGCCGG